GACGCGACGCCAGGCCAGGCCGGUCCCCGACCCCAAUCCUGCUGUGCCUGCCACCCUGUGAGUCUCUGUGACCCAUCGAUUGCUUUGCCCGCCCGGCCGCCCCCAGCACCAGGCCGCUGCCGGCUGCCCACUGCCGGUCUUCCGCAGCUGCAGGUGAAUCCGCUUGGCAUCUCGCCUUGCUUUGCCCGCCACUUUCUCCUCCCCACGUCCUCGUAGCGCUCUCGUUUCCCAGGACGAAAGCCCAGAGCCUCGCGAUGCGGCGGCUUCUCGCGCUGGCGGCGUCCCUGCUGGCGCUGCGGGCGGCGCUGGCCACCGACCCCUACGCCUUCUUCGACUGGGACGUCUCCUAUGUCACCGCGGCGCCGCUCGGCAUCAAGCAGCAGGUGAUAGGCAUCAACGGCAAGUUCCCGGGCCCCGUCGUGAACAUCACCACCAACUGGAACGUCGUCGUCAACGUGCUCAACGACCUCGACGAGCCGCUUCUCAUCACCUGGAACGGGAUCCAGCACCGGAAGAACUGCUGGCAGGACGGGGUGCUGGGCACCAACUGCCCCAUCCCGUCCGGCUGGAACUGGACGUACGAGUUCCAGGUCAAGGACCAGAUCGGCAGCUUCUUCUACUUCCCCUCCACCGGCCUGCAGCGCGCCGCCGGCGGCUACGGCGGCAUCGUCGUCAACAACCGCGACGUCAUCGCCGUGCCCUUCGGCCGCCCCGACGGCGACAUCACCAUCCUCAUCGGCGACUGGUACAACAAGAACCACACGGACCUGAGGAAGAUGCUGGACAAAGGGAAGGACCUGGGGAUGACGGACGGCGUGCUGAUAAACGGCAAGGGCCCGUACCGGUACAACGACAGCCUUGUGCCGGCCGGCAUCGAGUACGAGACCUUCAAUGUGCAUCCGGGCAGGACGUACCGCAUCCGGGUGCACAACGUGGGCACGUCGACGAGCCUCAACUUCCGGGUCCAGGGCCACACCAUGCUGCUGGUGGAGACGGAGGGCUCCUACACCACUCAGCAGAACUACACCAGCCUGGACGUCCACGUCGGCCAGUCCUACUCCUUCCUCGUCGCCACGGACCAGAACGCCAGCUCCGACUACUACGUCGUGGCCAGCGCCCGGCAGGUGAACGAGUCCCUCUGGCGCCGCGUCACCGGCGUCGCCGUGCUCCGCUACUCCAACUCCCGGGGCCCCGCCGCCGGCCCGCUCCCAGACCCGCCCCAGGACCGGGACGACCGGAGCUUCUCCAUGAACCAGGCGCGGUCCGUCCGGUGGAACCUGAGCGCCGGCGCGGCGCGGCCCAACCCGCAGGGCUCGUUCCGGUACUCGUCCAUCAACGUGACGCAGGCGUACCUGCUGCGGGGCGAGGCGCCGGCGCGGGUCGGCGGCGGGCGGCGGCGGCGCGCGGCGCUGAACGGGCUCUCCUUCGUGCCGCCAGAGACGCCGCUCCGGCUGGCGGACGCGUACGGGGUGGAGGGCGUGUACACGCUCGACUUCCCGGAGCGGCCGCCGCCGCGGGGCGCCGCUCCCCGGGUCGCGCGGUCCGUCAUCAACGGCACCUACCGCGGGUUCAUGGAGCUCAUCUUCCAGAACGACGACGCCAAGAUGCAGAGCUACCACAUGGACGGAUACGCCUUCUUCGUCGUCGGGAUGGACUACGGCGAGUGGACGGAGGACAGCCGGGGCACGUACAACAAGGGCGACGGCGUGGCGCGGAGCACGAUCCAGGUGUACCCGGGGGCGUGGGCGGCGGUGCUGGUGUCGCUGGACAACGUCGGCGUCUGGAACGUGCGGUCCCAGAACCUGGACUCGUGGUACCUGGGGCAGGAGGUCUACGUCAGGGUCGUCAACUCGGAGGACGCCGGCAACAAGACCGAGAUGGCCAUCCCCGGCAACGCCCUCUUCUGCGGCCAGCUCCACAAGUACCAGAAGGAGCAAACUCCGCAUCACAGGAUGGGGGUGUCGGCCGCGGCGCCGCGCUCGCCGUCCGCGGUGAGCCGGCUGGUGUCCGCGGCGCUGCUCCUCGCCGGAUCCGUCAUGCUCGCGCCAUAGUGCAUUACUUCUGCGGGUCUCUGAACUUGGCAGCAGGUGUCAUUUCGGUCCCCAAAAUCUCAAAAUUCUAAAUUUAGAUCCCAAACUUGUUAAUUGGUUCAUGGGAGGUCCAAAUCACUAUUGCUCUUAUUAAACCGCUACUAUGUCAAGCUGGCUGGACGAUGAGAUGGAUCUGCCAUGUGGGGCCCACACGUCAGAUCCACCUCCCUCCUUCCACCUUUCACAACCAUGGCCGGCAUGGCGGCGGCAAGGCAUUCCUUGCCGGCGGGGCCUUGCCCGCAUCCAGGGGAGCCCGGCGGGGUGGCACGCUUGUACCACCGCCGGCAUCGUACCCGCGUCGGGUGCCUUAGGCGCCCGCUUCACAGUCGCCGGCCGCCGCAGCUCCUCCACACGCCCGUGCGCCGCUUUCUCGCCGAGCCCGCGGCACCCGCACGCACCCGCCGCCGGCCGCUGGCCCCGUGCGCCUGCCCUCUCGCGCACGACCAGGCCAUGCCUCCUCACGCCGCAGCAGCGCCCGUGGGCCCUGCACGCGCCGCGCCCUCACCGCAGUAGCCUUGCACGCCGGCGACGACUAAUCACGGCAGCGGCGACUCCGGCGGCGCGACACGCCCGUGCGCCCAUGCCGUCGAACUGGCACCGAGUACGGCGACCUUUACUCGGCUGCCAGAGUAUGGCCCCCUUUCCUCGCCAUCCUCGUGCGGUAAGCCGAGCCCUCUCCUUCUCCCGUGCCCUCCCCUUUCUUCUUCCAUCCACCAUUAACAGAGCUCUAGCAGCUCACCAUUGCCGGCCGAAUCCACUCGAUUCCUUCCAUGGAUUUCAAAUCCCCCGCACUCGAGGCUCGCUCACCUCCCUAGCUCCCUCCCCAACCUCUCAUACACGAGCUCCGACUCCGUCCUCGCUAGGAAUCGAGGAUUCCCCGUCCGUCGGCCUCCAAUAUCGGUCCACCUCCACCUCACCAUCAAACUCCUAGCUUCGGCCACUGUUUUUCACAUCCCGCAGCUCAAAUCAAACCUAGGUGAUGCACUGAUGCUCGUGCUCUCCUCGUUCUUGCACGGUUCGCGAGUUUCCGCGCUCAUCCAUGGUGCCGUCGCCGCCGCCAUGCUGCUGCUCAUCGUGGACUGCGGGCGCACGGCCUUGCGCUGCGCCGUCACGCGCACCUGCUCCUCUAGGCCAUGCUAGCCACGGGCCCCCACCGCUCUGCCGCCGGCCGGAACCACACUCCGAUCGAGCAGCUCGGCAUGGUUCCCUGCGUACAGAGGAGUGAGGGAAGGGAAACGAGAGAUUCAAGGACAUGGGUGCAAGAAAACUUUAGAUCUAAGGGUCUAUCUGUAAUAUAGCGUCACAACCACGAUUAGGUGUUGACAUGUGGGUCCCACAGGUCAAGUCCAUGUCAUUGUCCAGUCAGCUUGACACGCUGGCGGUUUAACAAGGACAAUGGUGAUUUGGAUCUUCUGUGAACCAAUUAACAAAUUUGGGGAUCUAGAUUUGCAAUUUUGGGAGUUUGGGAAUCGAAAUGACACCCGCUGCCAAGUUCAAGGACCGGAGAUGUCCCUGGAGACGCCGCGUCAUGGCGAGGUGCAGAGGGUCCAUGGGUACUGCAUGCCUCAUGAUGCCGCGUAUGGUGCAGUGGUGGCCUCGGCGAUGGCAUAGCGUAGGCGAUGCUCUCAAAGCGUUUUCGGAUGUUCGGAUGCUUGGCAGAGCAGUGUCCAGUGUGGCGGGUGGCGAAGUCCCCGUACACUUCAAGGUGGUUGCUCGGAGGAGUAUGAGGCGGUGGGAGAGGCGAGGCCCCCACGCAAAGUGGCCAGAAUCUGUGUUUUUCAAUAAUGCUGCGAUGGGAGUGUUCUGUUGAUGCAAGGCUGGAACUGGGUGAUCGAUGGUCAUGUGUGUGCGGCUUGCGGAUGUUGGCCCCGUGGUGGAGGAGUACUAGUAGCCGCUCGGACUUGCAGCGGGCUGCGGUUUUUGGCGUGGCAUAGCAUUGGCGACGACGGUGCAGAUUUCGUCGGCUUACUUUCAGCUCCUCUCCCAGGUGGCGGUGGUGUAGCAUUGUGUUGUGUGUGUUUGUUUGUGUGGUGUUGAUGUACGCUUCGGCGUGUAAUAUACUGUUACAUUUUCUUAUC